AUGGCGUCGUCGUACUUGCGGCACGCCCCCGUCCUGGAACUGCGCGAGGCGUCUGCGCGGAAGACUCGCUUCCUGUGGUUCCUCCAUCUUCGCGAGGGCCAAGAGCCCGCCGGGCGGCGAGAGUUGGCCGAUGUUUGGGAGGAGGCCGAGCGCACGCGCGCUGAGGCCCAGUCGCUCAAGGAAGCUCUCGCAAACGCCCGCUCCGAGGUGUGGUCUGCCCGCGCGGAGGCCGACGUGGCCAAGGCGUCCAUGGUGAAAGUCGCCUGCGAGGCCGCGGCGGCUAAGGCAUCCGAGGCGGAGGCCGCGCGGGCGGCCGACGCCGAAAAGAGAGGGGUUGCAGAGGUGGAGGCCCGGGAGAAGGGGCUCGCCGAGGCUCGGGCGAAGCGACUGGAGGAGUCGGAGUGUCUGGUGGAAGCGCUGGAAGGUCAGCUUCGGUCGGUGAGGGCGGACUCCGAAGAUCUUCGAUAG